GCGUCUUUGUUAUAAGAGACUGGGCUAUUCUUUCCACUGCAUUUCUGACGUGACGGUAAACCACUCAGGACAUCGCCCAAACAACUGAACCUUCUUAUUUCCAAGUUCAACAUGAAGCAAGGAUCCAGUCUCUUUUUGUGUUCGUUGCUGCUGCUGCUGCAACUUUGCUGUAACCUUGAAGUAGGUGCUGAGGAAGACCCCCAACAACCAGUUAAAGGAUCUUGUGAAAAUUGGAUGAUAGGAGCACCCGGUUACCCAGGCCAUAACGGAGUUCCAGGAAGAGAUGGGAGAGAUGGAAAUGAUGGCCAAAAAGGAGAGAAAGGAGAAGCAGGUACACCUGGUCCUAAAGGGGACACUGGAAGUUUAGGAGCUGCUGGUACUGAUGGCCUUCCAGGAGCACCAGGGAUUGCCGGAAUCCCAGGACUGAAAGGGGAAAAGGGUGAAAGCGGCACUAUUUAUCGCUCUGCCUUUAGUGUUGGUUUAAUAACUAGAGUCCCCUAUCCCAAUGUUCCUAUCAAAUUUACAAAGAUCUUCUACAAUGAGCAAACUCACUAUGAUACCACAACAGGGAAGUUCCGAUGCAGCAUUCCAGGAGUGUACUAUUUUGCAUAUCAUCUCACUGUCUAUGUCUCAGAUGUGAAAGUCAGCUUGUUCAAGAAGGGCAAGGCAGUCAUCAUCACCUAUGACCAAUACCAGAGAAACGAUGUUGACCAGGCAUCUGGUUCUGUUUUGCUCCAUUUGGAAGUUGGGGAUGAAGUUUGGCUUCAAGUAUAUGGAGAAGGAGAAAACAAUGGUGUCUAUGCUGAUAAUGUGAAUGAUUCUACUUUCAUGGGAUUCUUGCUUUAUGUAGACUUGAAUUAUGCACAGUAGGCAAACAGGGAGGAAUAGCCAAGAAGGAUCACAGCUACAUGGUC